GCUGUUUUCAAUUUUGUUUGCGGUUUGGAGUCGACGCAAAUCAUGGCGGUUGGCGGUGUCGUUCGCAAGUGAUCCUUUUUCAAACUUGAAAUAGCUGCGUACCCGGUUUCUGGUGCUUCGAAAAUGGGUGUUUCCGUGCAUAACGUAUCGCUAGAUUCAGUGUUUUCGUCUCUAGGUAGGAACCACAUCCUGCGCUGCUACACCUGCAGUCAAUAUUCGCCGUUUCUGAUUUACCUCGGCUACAACGAGAAAGCGGUCCAAUUCUGCCGCGAAGCGAAGGAUAUUCAACUGUUCUGCCCGAUCUGUUCCCCCAAUCCGGUUCUCUACCAGCAUCUCCACCCGGGAGAAAGUCUUUUCCGGGCGGAUAGCAUUCUGAAUGACCAGCGGCUGCUAAAUUUGCUAGCCGAUUAUGUGUCGGAGGACGAUCCUUAUGCCACCGAGGAUCGUAUCAUCAUUACGGAGAACACUCAGCUUUGCUCCCCGUACAAAGCGGUGGCCAAACGGAUGGCUCCCAAAUCGCACAAGCUGAAACUACUGAUGAAUCUGUUCCCGGAGGCGCAUCGAAUGCGGAACGAACAUUACGUCGACCGGGAAGAUCUUUGUGAAAGCAUGAAACGGAAAUACCACGACGUCUGCGUCAGUUACAUGGACAUCUCGGAAGCUGGCGGCAGCCAGCUGAUCGACAACUUCGACAUCCUGAUCGACAAAACUCCGAUGGUGAUCGGACAGAGGCAUCACAGUAGAAUUCCGACUGUUCCCGCUGUGAUGGUAACGGAGCCAUCACCUCUGCCAGAACCGGAACCGGUUCUGCUGAGUGAUUCCGACAGGGAGAUUCGUGCUGUCGGUUCAGACGACGAAAGCGAAAUCGGGUCGGUCGCCUCGGGAGGCAGUGGGACGCACUUCUUAAUCAGCGGGAGUGACAUUACCGUGGUUAGCGAGGUUCAAAUAUCGUCGGAAGAGCCCGCAGGCAACUGGGACAUCCAUCCGUCGUCUCAAUCGCAGUCCCAACACCUCAGUCGCCGCUCAUCGCAGAUAGUGCUCGCCGAAGGCCAGUCUUCGUCCACAUCGCAAUCGGUGGACAUAAGCUCCCAGUCGGUGAUCGGUGGUGGUAAACAAUCGGAACUGUCCUACGGGUCGGACAGUUCAGACAGCUGUGUCAUAGAUUUCCCUUCUGCGCCCCGUGCUCCGCCACGACGGCGGCCUCCGUCGGCUGACGAUGGGCAACAGCCGGGCCCAAGCAAUGUCAAGCGCCGCCGGGUGAGUCCCCGGGGAAAUCGACCAAUGAAUCCAUCUCCGGAAGAGUUCCAACGAAAUCCGCACGCAGGCGGUCGAGUUCCCCGCGUGGACGGUGGUUAGAGGUUUCGUGGAUCGUUUGUUUGAGCUGUUGUUAUAUUUGCAAAUAUUCACUCUUAUUUAUGUAAGUAAUUUACAUGGCCAUAUCUUAAGAUGAGGUCUCUUUUUCAAAUGGACUGAUUUUUCCUCGUAAAUGUGUAGCUUUCCAUUCGAAAGAUAUUCCUUUUGAACCGGUGAUCAUUCUACGCCAGAAGCAGAAAAUAGGUAUGUUUUUUUUUAUUGAGAGCUC